CAGUAUAUAUUUAUUGUAGGUGCUGUGAUGUGUGUUAUCAGUUUAUGGUUAGAAGUAGAACGAGGCUGUCUACUGGAGACCAAGGUGGCUAUUGCUUAACGCGGUGCACGCAUCUAGCAACACACACACAAAACUAACAAGGCGACUUAAAUAUAUCACUUUCUUCCGAUAAAUGCGAGCUUGGAGAAAUAUUUGGAUACUCGAGAGAUUGAUAGACUUGAAAAGUUAUAGAAGGAACAUCGAAUUUUGUCCAUGCUUGUAAUACAAUAAGAGCUCGAGUGGUUUCUACAGACAGUGUAUAUAUAUAUACACAUAUAUAUAUAUGAAGUUGUCUGGAUGUUUUUAUAUUUUUCUGUUUUUUUUUCACGAAGAGGAAAAGACUUCUCUGCGAAGCAAAGUUGACCACGCUGGAAUAAAAAGAAACUAAAGUGAAUUUAUAAAAAGUAGAAACAGAAGUUUUCCAAAUAAAUCAAAUCCUUUUCAUCUUCAGUUGGAUUAUGAUUACAAGUUCUUUUCUCUUGAUUCCCUAAUGUAUAUAAACAAAAUAGUAUAAGUCUGCGUGCUUGGCGACUAUAUUAUAUAUACAUGUGGUUGUAUAUGCAUUUUUGAGGGACAUGAUUUUAGGUCCAGAAUCUUCUAUCUGUAGUUUGUCCUCCAUGUCGGCAAACCCACCAGGUUUUGGUCAGUUUUCUAAUAACAACUACAUGCCUGGCAUAGGCAACCCAUGUGUUACCCAGUUUGUAUCUCCGACUUUCUUGAAUUCAUCUUCGGUUUCCACGGGGACUACUAACACAGUUUCUUCUGCUGUGUCUUCACCAAUCCUAUCUCCCCCUUCAUCAUCGCAGUUAUUUUUAAAUUAUGGGGGACUUCCCUUUGCACAGCACAUCCAGACUGGUUUCACAUUUACUUCACCAACUCAGUCAUAUUCACUGAUGGGAUCGCCUUCUGGUGCAAUGUUGCCCGGAGGGGUGACCGGUCCUCAUUUACAUCACUUGCACCAUUAUAAUUCUCAUAUUGGUGGAGGAAAUUCCUACCUCCAUACUUCAACAGCAACGACCCCUAGCACAGCCCCAGGAGUUGGAGUCACCUGGCAACAUACAGUACCGUCAUCCAUGCCAUGGGUUCAAGCGAAUUCCAUUACACCUAACCCCGUUUGUUUCAGCGAUGUUAUGUCCUCCUCAUCUAUUCUCACAGGUGUGGAAGAACAAAAAUACUGCAACAAAAUACAGUUCAUAAAGAAUGAUCCAAAACCUUCAUGUAGCUGCUCUCCUCGGCGACCAAAGAGAAGAGGAACAGAUAUGUAUGAAGAAACAGAUAUGUUCCAGAUACCUCCCAACAAAGUCUGUCUGUCAGAAGAGAAAGUAGCUCGCCAAUUACAAGAGCUAUCCAUUAGCCCAGAUUCAUAUUCUUGCUUAUCCCGAUCAUCAAUGUGUGACUUUUCCCAAGAUGAACAACGUUCAGAAAAUAUCAGCCACUGGCAGGCAAUGAAUAAAACAAAAGAAAACAAGUCAGAUACUAGUUUAGCAGAUAUGGAUGAAAGCAGUAAUGUCUUAAAAACUAAAACUAGAAAUCCCCGGAGUGUUGUUCAAGAUAUAAUUGAUGAAGAUGAAAAUGAAAGCUCUGAAAAUAAAACAAAAAGGUCUCUUCAUAUUUGGGAAGACCUUAGCAAGGAUAUACUAGCUCCCAAAAAUGUCUUGCCAAGGAAAAUUAUUGAAGAAAUUAUUUCAACACCAAAACCUUGCCUAGAUGUGGUAUUGUGGCGGCCACCAGAUGUUUUGGCUAAUGUAGUAAAACAAUCUCCUGAAAAUACUUUUCCUAGUAACAACAUCACCCAAGACCAGCCAACUCAGGAGGAAUUACCGAAAAGUGCCUUAAAUUUUCCAGAUAUUAGUUUACUACCAUUUACCUCUGUGCAAGACACAUCAAACAUUUAUAAGUCUUACUUUUCAACUGAAGAUGAUGUUAUGGAUAUCUGAAACCUUGUGGAUUUUAAAUACAUUUCUUUUUUGUCUGCUUCAACAGAUAUUGAAUGUCGACAUUUAAAAAAAUUUUUUUUUUUUUUUUUUUAAACUCUGACUUCUUGUUAUGGUUAAAAAUCAGUUGUCAUCAUAAAUCCUCUGAAAAUUUCUUGGGAAGAGGAAAAUACCUCUGAUGUUUCAAAUGAGAUGUAAAUAAUGUUGUAUUUCACUUUUUUUUUUUUUAAUUUUCUUUUUUGUGUGUUUAUUAUUAUUAUUAUUUUUUUUUUUUGUUCAAUUGAAACAAGAAAUAUCUUUAGUUUGUCUUAAUCUUGUUGUUGGUGCUGUUAAAUGUUGUACAGAUUAUUUUCUUUUUCUCAGUAUGACAAAAAAAAAGAAGCGUAAUUGUAGUUUAGAAAAUAUCUCUUUCUAAAAGUGAGCUCCCUAGGAUUUGAAAACAAAAUUACACACACACACACACACACACACACACACACUCACACUCUCUUACUCUCAUUCACACAUUCUCACUAACACACAUGUGCACACACACACAAACACAUUUUCUAAGACAGUUAAUGCUAUUACACAAUUGGUAGAACAUUGGACACAGAAUGCCUUUCAUUAUUUAAUUACAUCUCGAGUUCAGAUCCUGCCAAGAUUGAUUAUCUUUUUGGGUAAACUGAAGUACAUAAAACAAGUGCUAGGGAGAGGGGUAUGGUUGAUAGAAUCAAGCACACCUUUCCCCAAAAUGGAGUAUUAGAUCUUAAUUUUAUGGGAAGGAGUUUGUUCCUAACAACACAUGCAGGUAUGACUGUUAAGAAGUUUGCUUCUCAACUAUGUGGCUUUUGGUACAGUCUUAUUGCACUGUGUCUUUUACUUUAACCCAAAGUCAACAAAUACCUUGUAAUGGAAUUUAGUAGCUGGAAACUGAUAGAAGACUGUAUGUGUGUUUACAAAACUAUGCUAAGCUAUGGCUAAAGACAGUGAUGUCACUGUUUGUGGUUGGGUUGCAAGUUGUUUCUUGACAUUUCCUGUCAAUAAAUUGUCAGCUAGCUCUGAUUUGUUAAAUUCCACCAGAAUAUUAAAAAAAAUCCUUUACUUGUAAAACGGGUAAAUGUUGGCAAUAGGAACAACAUCUGACAAUCCUGUCUCAAUUAUCUCCUCUGUCUAAAUCAUGCUACCAUGGAAAAACAGACAUUGAAAUCAAUAAAAGAAUAAUACAUUCACAUGUUUGGAUGAUUUAGAAGUCGGUACUCUAAGUUUCUUCCCUCUAUGUACUUAUUGAGGCAAUGGAGUAUAAAAUGUGUAUGUAUGUGUGUUGUUUGUUUAUUGCUUAGUGAAAAGAAAAGUUUGAACUAUUUUAGUGUUGCAACUCAAUGUCUUGUAUGGUCUACCUGGUGAAGAGCUGUGUUGUGCUGCCUACUUCUUGAAAAUAGUUGCCCAUGCCUGUUAUAGAAAGUAGCUCUAUAACUGACAGGAUGAGUGUGGUUGUAUUGUUGAAGGACAUGAUUUCUUUCUUUUAGAUUCUGUCAAGAAUGUGUGUCUAACAGUAUUAUCUAUAUGUGAGCAUUAGUGGCUUGAAGAGGUUGGGCUGACAGGAAACAUCUUUCGGGGUUGUCAAGCAUUUAGAGCAACUUUCAGAAUUUUGUGUGGUACAAGAUAGUGUCCAUAUUGACAGUAGUAGUGUAUGAUAAUGUGUGUGUGUGUGUGUAUAUGUAUAUAUAUAUAUGUGUAUAUAUAUAUGUGCGUAUGUAUAUGUGCAUAUAUAUGUGUGUGUAUAUG